AAGAGGUACUCCGGAAAAAAUCGGCACCGAGAGAAUGGUGCUGGAAAGGCAGUUUUUCUUCAUGUUCAAAGUCUGGUCGAUCAUUGUUCUCACUGGAGGGAUCGCGUCUAUACAAAAGGCGCAAGGGUCCAGAUCAUCAGAGAAUCAACUGCAGAACUAUGCCGUCAAUACACAUAGAGAUGGCAUGUCCAGUGACAAUAAUGAGUUCCAGAACACUAUAUCACAUCACAAGUCUGGAAAGCAAUGUGGAGUUUGGGUUCGGAAUGACAAUGGCGGAUAUUUUGCUUCACCGAAUUACCCAAAUGCUUACCCUCCCAACAGAGAAUGUAUCUACAUACUGGAAGCGGCCCCACGCCAGCGAAUUGAACUCACUUUUGAUGAACCUUAUAGCAUUGAACCUUCAUGGGAUUGUCGAUUUGAUCACUUGGAAGUCAGAGAUGGACCAUUUGGAUUCUCUCGUGUGAUAAACCGUUACUGUGGUCAAAAAAGACCAUCGCUCAUUAAAUCAUCUGGGAGGUUCUUAUGGAUAAAAUUUACCUCGGAUGAGGAGUUAGAGGGUUUUGGAUUUCGAGCAAAAUACUCAUUUGUACCAGAUCCUGACUUUAUCUACCUUGGUGGAAUCUUGAACCCAAUUCCAGAUUGUCAGUUUGAACUAUCAGGGCCUGACGGCAUUAUUCACUCCAGUCAAGUGGAACAAGAGGAGAAAAUAAAACCAGGAGAAGCAAUUGACUGCAUCUGGACAAUAAAAGCCCCACCCAAAGCAAAAAUUUAUUUACGCUUUCUGGACUAUCAAAUGGAUCACUCUAAUGAAUGCAAGAGGAAUUUUGUUGCUGUGUAUGAUGGAAGCAGUGCUAUUGAAAACCUAAAGGCAAAAUUUUGUAGCACAGUAGCUAAUGAUGUCAUGCUCCAGACUGGAGUUGGAGUGGUUCGUAUGUGGGCUGAUGAGGGCAGCCAGCUCAGCAGAUUCCGAAUGCUUUUUACUUCAUUUGUGGAUCCUCCCUGCCAGGACAACACAUUCUUUUGCCACAGCGACAUGUGCAUCAACAAUUCGUUGGUCUGUAAUGGAGUCCAGAACUGUGUGUACCCAUGGGAUGAAAAUCAUUGUAAAGAAAAGAAGAAGCCUGGCCUCUUUCACCAGAUUACCAAAACCCAUGGAACAAUCAUUGGUAUUUCGUCAGGAAUUGUUUUAGUUCUUCUUGUCAUUUCUGUACUCGUACAAGUAAAACAACCUCGCAAAAAGGUUUUGGCUCGCAAAGCUGCAUUCAGCAAAUCAGGAUUUCAAGAAGUAUUUGAUCCACCUCAUUAUGAACUGUUUUCCCUAAGAGACAAAGAAAUAACAGCAGAUUUGGCUGAUUUGUCUGAAGAUUUUGAGAACUACCAUAAACUCAGGCGCUCCUCAUCCAAUGCCUCCAGAUGCAUCCAUGAUCAUCACUGCGGCUCACAACCUCCAAGCAUAAAGCACAGCAGGACUAAUCUAAGCACAAUGGAUCUUCCAUUUCGGAAUGAUUUCUCUCAGCCACAGCCAAUGAAAACAUUUAAUAGCACCUUCAAGAAAAGCUGCUAUACUUUGAAGCACUCACAAGACAGUCCAGAACGGGUCAUAGAAGACAGAGUGAUGGAGGAGAUUCCUCCUGAAAUCUAUGUACGUGGCAGAAAUGACACUGUGCAACGUUCAAUGUCCAUUGACUUCUGAAGUGGAACUGCUGUGCUGUUACUGAGCAUUACCUUUUGAUCUCUUUCUCUUGCAGAAAUUGUACUGGCAAUUUAGCAUUUCCUUUGGCAUUUUAAUAUAUCCUGAUAAUCAGCUCAAUAGCAACACAUGUGGAA